AGACGGCGCCGCCUGGAUAUGCUAAGUGUUUAUUUACUUAGCUAAUUUCUAAAGGUGUAUAGAGCGUAAUGGAAGUAAACAAGGAUGAAGCUGAACGGUGCAUCGAUAUCGCAAUCGAAGCGUUAAAGAGUGACGAUGUUGAUAAAGCGAAACGGUUUUUAGAGAAAGCACAGAGACUGUUUCCGACGGACAAGGCGGACGCAUUAUUGGAGUCUCUGCAGCAGAAUGGACACGCGCCCACUCACAGCGGUUCUGCAGGAGACAGCGAUGGUCAAGAGGAAAACCGGACUGGUGCUAAAAAUCACAGUGCUGCAGAGGAGAAGAGAUCCGAAUCAGCCAAAGCAUACACUACAGAACAAGUAGCUGCUGUGAAAAGGAUAAAACAAUGUAAAAACUACUACGAGAUUCUGGGGGUGCAGAAAGACGCAUCAGACGAUGAUCUCAAAAAGGCAUAUAGGAAACUGGCGCUGAAGUUUCACCCUGAUAAGAACCACGCACCUGGUGCAACAGAAGCCUUUAAAGCUAUCGGAAACGCGUACGCCGUCUUGUCCAACGUGGAGAAAAGGCGUCACUACGAUCAGUACGGCGAGGUGAAAAGCUGCGCUGCCACCCGACGGCGCUCAGAGCGAGACUUCCAGCCUGAUAUCUCCCCAGAGGAUCUGUUUAACAUGUUCUUCGGAGGAGGCUUUCCCUCUAGUCAUUUCAGCCAUCAGCGUGGCGCAAGAAGGGAAGAAAGAGGUGGUGGCCUGGGUUUUUUCAUCCAGAUCAUGCCCAUCCUCAUCCUUGUACUCGUGUCCACUCUUAGUCAGAUGAUGGUGACUGAACCUCCUUAUAGUCUCAGCUACAGACCUUCUGUAGGUCACACGCAGAAGCGGGUAACUGAGACCCUGCGCGUGCCGUACUACGUGAGCGAGCGCUUCAGUAAGGAGUACAGCGGCUUGAAUCUGAGGCAGGUGGAGCGCAGCGUAGAGGAUGACUACAUCUCCAAUCUCCGCAACAACUGCUGGAAGGAAAAACAACAAAAGGAGGGUUUGCUGUACCGUGCACGCUAUUUUGGUGACACUGACCUAUAUCAGAGAGCUCAGAAAAUGGCCACGCCCAGCUGCUCCAGACUGGCCGACGUUCAGACUUAUGUCCACUGAAAAACCAACAUGAUCAUGGAAGGUGUAAAAUUGCAUCUUCCAAAUAAAAUGGUGGCCAGUCGGUGACAUUCAGUCAAAGGAGAGAGAAUCUGGGUUUGUGUGUGUGUCAGUCAUCUGAGUUAAGGAAGAGGAAUUUGUGAAGGAAAGGAUUUCAGCCUUUUAUAGACCUGAGAUAUACCUCUGUUAAGAAAUCAUCUAAGCUUGUAUCUUUUUACGGAUGUGAAAUGCAUUUAAUUUCCUUCAGGCUGAAACUUGUGUAUUUUUUUUAUUUUAUUUCCUCUCUCUCUCUUUCUUCAUAUAGUUUUUAGAAAAUGAAAACUACGUAUUAAAUUAUUAAUUUAUAUAAUUGUACAUUUGAGAUUUAGCUAUGCAGGAUUUAAUUGAUUAGGUCACACAUUAAAGAAGCAUUAACAGUGAAUAAUUGUUAAAUAAGCACUCCAUACUUGAACCUUUUAUCUCUGUUACUAAAAUUUACACCAUUUCUGAAGUUAAAUAGUAUUUAUUCAAAGAUCAGGAUUUUUUUUAAGUAUGAUAUCACAUAUAUAUUUUAAAACUUUGCAAUGCUGACUAUCUGUAGCAGUGCUUCUCCUCAGAGAUGAUAACAGAACAAUAAAAUCUUUUGUGCCACUCUUCAA